GCAGCGAUGAGGAAGCCUCGGAGGAGGUCCCGGCAGAACCUGGAGGGGAGGCGUUCUCCCUCGCCCUACAGCCUCAAGUGCUCGCCGACUCGGGAGACUCUGACGUAUGCUCAGGCCCAGCGGAUCGUGGAGGUAGACAUCGAUGGGCGGCUUCAUCGCAUCAGCAUCUACGAUCCCUUAAAAAUCAUCACGGAGGACGAGCUGACUGCCCAGGACAUCACAGAGUGCAACAGCAACAAGGAAAACAGCGAGCAACCCCUUUUCCCUUCCAAAUCUAAGAAAACACCUUCCAAAGGCAAGAAGAAGGACUCCUGCUCCAAACAUGCACCAGGGACGUCUUUACACUUACCCCAGCCCACCUUCCGUGUGGUGGACUCCUUCAGCCAGCCCGAGGCCCCUCCUCUCCCUCCCUCCUACUACCGGUACAUUGAAAAGCCUCCCGAGGACCUCGAUGUAGAGGUGGAGUAUGACAUGGAUGAGGAGGAUCUGGCGUGGCUGGAAAUGGUCAACGAGAAGAGAAGGGAUGAUGGUUACGGGACAGUUUCUGCUGACACUUUUGAGCUGCUGGUGGAUCGGUUGGAAAAGGAGUCGUACCUUGAGAGCCGGAACAACGGGGCUCAGCAGACCCUCAUCGAUGAGGAUGCCUUCUGCUGCGUCUGCAUGGAUGACGAGUGUCACAACAGCAACGUCAUCCUGUUCUGUGAUAUCUGCAAUCUGGCCGUGCACCAGGAGUGUUACGGCGUGCCCUAUAUCCCCGAGGGCCAGUGGCUUUGCCGCUGCUGUUUACAGUCCCCUUCUCGCCCUGUGGAUUGUGUCCUUUGCCCAAACAAAGGUGGAGCCUUCAAGCAGACCAACGAUGGCCGCUGGGCUCACGUGGUUUGUGCCAUCUGGAUCCCAGAGGUCUGCUUUGCGAACACUGUGUUCCUGGAGCCCAUUGAAGGGAUAAAUAACAUCCCCCCAGCUCGGUGGAAGCUCACGUGCUAUAUCUGCAAGCAGAAGGGCAUGGGAGCUGCUAUCCAAUGCCACAAGGUGAACUGUUACACUGCCUUCCACGUCACCUGUGCCCAGCGGGCUGGUCUCUUCAUGAAGAUCGAACCCAUGAGGGAGACCAGCAUCAAUGGCACGACGUUCACCGUGCGCAAGACUGCCUAUUGUGGGAGUCAUUCCCCACCUGGGACGGUGAAAAAAGGGUCUCCAGCUGCUAGCGGUGAGGGGCAGGAGGACACUGUGAAGGAGGAGGGAGAGGAGGAAGGCAAUUCUGGCCCUCCCAAAGGGUCUCUGAAAAAGAACCAAGUGAAGUUGAAGCAAAAGAUCAAAAAGGAGCCUGGUGAUGUACCCAACGGGCGUUCAUCUGUGCCCAUGGUGACAGUCACACAAAUCCCCUCUUACAGGCUGAACAAAAUCUGCAGCGGCCUCUCCCUCCAGAGGAAGAACCAGUUCAUGCAGAGGCUCCACAACUACUGGCUGCUGAAGCGGCAGGCGAGGAACGGGGUGCCCCUGAUCCGGCGCCUGCACUCGCACCUCCAGUCCCAGAGGAACGCGGAGCAGAAGGAGCAGGAUGAGAAGACCAGCGCCGUGAAGGAAGAGCUGAAGUACUGGCAAAAACUGCGGCAUGACUUGGAACGGGCACGGCUGCUCAUCGAGCUGAUCCGUAAGAGGGAAAAACUCAAACGAGAGCAGGUUGGUAGUUUUGCCUGUCAAGCUGCUAUGGAGCUACAGCUGACCCCCUUCAAUGUACUUCUGCGCACAACACUGGACCUGCUGCAGGAGAAGGAUGCUGCCCAGAUCUUCGCAGAGCCUGUUAACCUGAACGAGGUUCCAGAUUACCUGGAAUUCAUUUCCAACCCAAUGGAUUUUUCCACCAUGAGGCGGAAGCUGGAGUCCCACCUGUACCGAACAUUGGAUGAGUUUGAGGAAGACUUUAACCUUAUAGUUACCAACUGCAUGAGGUAUAAUGCUAAAGACACGAUUUUCCACCGAGCAGCUGUCCGGCUCAGAGACCUCGGAGGAGCGAUAUUGCGUCAUGCACGGCGGCAGGCUGAAAACAUCGGCUUUGACACUGAUGUGGGGAUUCACCUGCCUGAGUCACCCAAAACCGAGGACUUUUACCGCUUUUCUUGGGAGGAUGUGGAUAACAUCCUCCUCCCGGAGAACCGGGCUCACCUCUCCUUGGAGGCCCAGCUGAAGGAGCUGCUGGAGAAGCUGGACAUGGUGAGCACCAUGCGGUCCAGCGGCGCCCGGACACGACGCAUCCGGCUCCUGAGACGGGAGAUCAACUCCAUUCGGCAGAAGCUGGCCCAGCAGCAGAACAAGACCAUGCCCAACGGGGAGCCUGUGCCACGGGAAGAAGGACUGGAUAAAACAUCAAGGGAAGGGGACGAGGAAGGGGAGAAAGCAGAUGAUGCCAAACCCCCGCACCCUCCAACCCUGGAACCCACAGGACCCGCACCCUCCCUCUCGGAGCUGGACUCUCUGCAGGACCCUCCAACGCUCAAACCCAUCAGUGAAAGCAAGUCCUUGAAUCAGCUGCAGAAGAGGAUGAUGUCGGACAGGGAGCUCUUUGACAAGAAGGCUCUGCAGCGGGAGAGCCAAGCCUUCCAGCGCCUGCUCAGCGACAAUGGCCUGAACGGACUGGCCUUGCCGCCUGCAGACACCCCCGCCAGCCCCCCCUUCAGCGGUGUGGGCCGACGGACAUCUGUCCUUUUUAAAAAAGCUAAGAAUGGGGUGAAGCUUCAAAGAGGCCUGGACUGCUCCCUGGAGAACGGGGAGGACCACGAGCAGAGUGGGCAGCUUUCGCCCUCCCGUCCUGAUGGGGAGCGACAAGCUCGGAAGCGGCCGCAGAGCAGGACCCGCCUCGAGAGCGAUGGAGAGAAGUUGCCCAGGCAGGGAGGACAGAGAGGAGUGACUAACGGCUUUGCGAAGCACACGGAAAGCAGCUCUGACUCUGAGUGCGGCUCUGGCCUGGGCACUGGACUGGUGUUUGAAGCCUGCAGUGGUUUGAUGCCUCCCAAGCGAAGUCGAGGGAAGCCUGCUCUUUCUCGGGUGCCCUUCUUGGAAGGUGUGAACGGAGACUCUGAUUAUUUUUUUGGCUGCAGGACUCUCCUGAUGUCCUUUGAGGGUCAGGCUGAGCUGGAGCCCUUGGAGCUUGUAUGGGCCAAGUGCCGUGGCUAUCCCUCCUACCCUGCCUUGAUAAUCGAUCCCAAGAUGCCGCGCGAGGGUCUGCUCCACAACGGAGUCCCCAUCCCAGUCCCACCCGUGGAUGUGUUGAAGUUGGGGGAGCAGAGGCAGACAGAGGCAGGAGAAAAGCUCUUCCUUGUCCUUUUCUUUGACAACAAGAGAACCUGGCAGUGGCUUCCGCGUGACAAAGUCUAUCCCCUCGGCGUGGACGACACGGUGGACAAGUUAAAGAUGAUGGAAGGACGAAAAACCAGCAUCCGCAAGUCUGUGCAGGUGGCGUACGACCGUGCCAUGAUUCACAUGAGCCGCGUGCGGGGAGAUCAUCCCUUCGUUACGUCCAGUUAUCUGUAA